AUGCGAUGCGCGAGCAAGGCCGCCGAGAGCGCGUCUGCACGUCUCUGUGCGGACGCCGAAGCAGAAACUACAGCAACUGAUGUCCCAUCGGUUGCUGAAUCGACUCAGCCUGUAUCACCUGGUGAUGCAGGCGCUGGUCAUGAAGACACUCGUGUCUUCACAGAGUACGAGCUCGGUGUCUCGUACUCUCCUGAUACGGAUGACGGAUCCGUAUCGACGGCAAUUGAAUCCAAGCCGCCUGCCAAGCGUGGCAUGGACGAUGCUUUGCGUCGCAGCAUCUUUGGUUCAUCUGAUGAUGGUGUCGUUUCUCCAAUGGACACCACUUCACAGCGAGGUGCCAGUACUUCUGUCGGCACGUCGCAGGAAGAGCGGGACCGCAAUGUGUUGCGUCUCGCUCCAGAAAAGAAGGCAUGGAUGCCUCCUAAAUCUGUCAUGGAUCACUUGUCGGCGACGACGAGUGAUCGUUAUCGAGGCACGAUUGUUCGAUUCGUCAGGGAUUCAUCACCUUGA